CGGGUGAUAAGGGUGAGCCCCUGACUCUCAUCUGUGCACAAUCCCCAGUGGUAUAUUCAGUAUGAGUAAGAUCGAUCCGAACAAUUCAAUCCCCGCAUUCUAUGCGGGGAAGAGUGUUUUCAUAACCGGUGCCACUGGAUUCAUGGGGAAAAUUUUGGUGGAAAAAUUGUUGCGUUCAUGUCCGGAAGUGAGGGAAAUUUUUGUUCUGUUGAGACCGAAGAAGGGAUUUGGAGUUGAUGAUAGACUCCGGAAGUUGUUAUCACUGCCGGUGUUUGAUAAAUUGCGAAAAGACCGGCCGUCGGUUUUUGAUAAACUGAUCCCAAUUGUCGGAAAUACUGCGGAUGAGGGCCUGGGAAUACCGGACAUCGAGAGGAGAGUUCUUAUCGAACGAGUUUCAGUAGUUUUUCACGUGGCUGCUAGUGUAAGAUUCGACGACAGUCUGAAAGAAGCUAUUUUUCUCAACACUAGGUCUACGAGGGAUAUGUGUAUUCUUGCGGCUCAGAUGAAAAAUCUGAAGGUCUUUGUGCAUGUUAGCACGACUUAUUGUCAAGCUGAUAAGCCAGAUGUUGAGGAGAGAGUUUAUUCCUUCGAUGUUGAUUGGAAGAAGACGAUAACAAUUGCUGAGAAAGUGGAUGAUCGACUUCUCAAGCCUUUCACGGCCAAGUAUCUGGACAACUUUCCAAACACCUACACUUUCACAAAACGCCUCGCCGAGCAAGUUGUCUCGGACUACUCGCACGCAAUCCCCUGUGUGAUCUUCAGGCCAUCGAUUGUGGUAUCAUCCCUGGAAGAGCCCAUGCCCGGCUGGAUUGACAAUUUUAACGGGCCUGUGGGGAUGCUGAUCGGAGGUGGAAAAGGCAUUCUGAGGAUUCUCUUUGGGGACCAGCAUCUCAACGCUGAUUUCAUUCCCGUGGACAUUGCCACCAAGGCUAUGCUGACUGCAAGUUGGAAACGUGGGCUCAUACCGAUAACCGCAGAUCCGUCCGUCCACGUGUACAAUUGUGCGUCAGCUGACGUCAAAAGUGUCUCCUUCGAGGAGCUUAACAACAUGGGAAUGCGUGUGAUCGAUAAGUAUCCGCUGGAGGGUAAUGUCUGGCGUCCAGGAGCGUUUCACACAAAAUCCAAGACCGUUUACUAUCUGUUGGUUCUCCUGCUACAUCUUUUGCCUGGCAUGGUCAUUGAUACAAUCCUCAAGUUCAGUGGACGAAAACCAAUGCUGGUUAACCUCCAUCGAAAAAUCUACAGUGCAAAUAGCGCUCUCGCACAUUUCCUGAUGAAUCAAUGGAACUUCCAGAACGCGAAGAUGAGGAGUUUACUGAGCGAUGUACCACCGGCUGACGUUGAUACUUUCGGAUACGAAUAUGCGACUUUCGAUGCGAAUCGCUACUUCAAAAACUGUUUAAUAGCUGCCAAACAAUUCCUCUUGAAAGAAGACCUCGCUAAUCUACCUGCGGCGAGACUCCAUUACGAAAGGAUGGUAUGGGUUGACAGGAUUUUCAAGACCCUCUUCGCAGCCUUCAUGAUUUGGUUGAGUAUCCGCAGUGGAUUAGUCAAUUGGAUGUUAUCAACCUUGGAUUCUUCCAGCAGAAUACUGACUGGCACGUAGGAACGAUAAAGAUUACUGCAAAAAUCUGCAAUCAUUCCUCGGAUCUCGAGGGAAUUCAAUGUAUUCUGAUGUAUCCAUCAGUAGAUAAUUUCGCCGAAUAAAUUUGUAAUAAGUCAUGUUAUUUCAUUACAAAACAAGGUCUAGACAACAACAACAACACAACUUCCCAACUGGCAAUAACCUUCAGUUUAGUUGUUUUCUUUUCGACGGACCUUGGCCAUUUUUUUUCAGUAGAGGUCACGUCCACGUCCAAUCAAAUGUGCGGUUUUUUAUCGUAUGAAAGUUAUAUGCUACGGAUAAAGUGCUUUCCGACAGGAACCGAAAUGGGAAAAUUCUUUAAAAAAUCUAGCGCUAAAAAAUUCAAUCAUUUUUUUGUAAGUUGUCAUAAAAAAACGAGAAAAAAUCAAGUUUAAAUUUUUCCAUAUGACGGCAUGUGGCUGUAUAGGAAUAAAAUCGUUAAAUUCUCCUUACCAGGAUUUUUGAUGGAUUGACUUGAAUUAUGAUUUCCAUAAACAAAAUAGUGACGAACAAAAAUAUGUAACCGUCUUUAAAAAUUCAAUAAAAAUAUUCGAAACAAUAAAAAAAGAUUGUACUUUAUUGAUGUGUCAUGACCGUCAAUUUGCAUCAUACUACAAUAUUACUGUCUCUAAAAAUUCGGAACAAAAAAUCGAAAAAUUGGAAUUUGCAAAAAGCUCACAAAUUUGAUUGCCGUCACUAUAAUAUGCACGUGAUAACCAAAAUUUAAGUGAAUCCAUCAAAAAUCAUGGUAAGAGGACUAUUUUAACGAUUUUAUGCCUGUACAGCCACAUGCCGUCAAUGAAAGAAAUUAAAACUUGUUUUUUUUUUUAAUUUUUUGAGUAUAAAGAGUGAGUACCAAAAUCACAAACACAGUAAGUGUUUGAAUUUGAAAAUUGCAGUAAGCUGCAAUUUUCAAAUUUCAUGGCAGUUUCCUUUCAAUUUUCUACAGAAUAUUAUCUAUUGAAUUUUUCUCAUCUGAAAAAUCUGCAAAAAGCUGCGAAAUUAUUUUUGCACAAUUGUCGAGAAACUAAGAGAAAUUCCAUUACAGAAUUUUCAGUAGAGUUUUCCUUUUCUUUUUUUUCAUGCGUACAUUACUGAUGAUCUGUUAUAGAGACCUAUACAAACUCAACUGUCGAAAGCUCAUGUACACAAUGUAAGAGUUGAAUGAACAAGGAAAAAGUCCAAAAAAUCAUUUCCAGGAGAUCUUCAGCAGAAUUUCAUUACUGUCCUCGCCAUUUCGUGCAGAAUGCCUCUUCACGACGUAGAAAUCACCCAUAAAUUCAUCAUUUCAUGCACGGAUCUGUCAGAGAAUAAGAUAUCUACCGGAGGAGUUGGCAUAGGUCGGGUAAAUGAGCGUCAAUUGUAUUCCUCACGCAGCUAUUUCUACCUUAUGGAAAUAUGCAAGGACUAUGUAAAUGCACUCCAUAACUCAGUGUCCGUUAAGUGCAUAAAAAAUUGUAAUCUGAAUGUUUUGUUGUGAAAUAAACAUGCAUUUAACGUUA